UCGCAGAGUUCCCCUCCCUGGAGCUGAAGAGAAGACCUGCCGCUGGAGAGGAGGUAAGGAGAUGUGCAGGUUUGUGCAGAGAGUGUGCACAAGAAGUUUUGUAUGGAGGCGCGUGAUGACAGAAGUGUUCUAAAGUGAAACACAUGCAGGUCAGGGGCUUCUUUAAACACCCAGCUCUCCUCUCUUUGAAUGGAUCAACCUGAGUGCAAUGAAGCGCACGUUCACAUUCAGAGGAAUGCUGAUCUUGAUCUUUGCAACCUAAAAGUGUUCAAUGGAAAUGCAAAUAUGAUAAAAGAAUAAAACAGUCUGGACAGGACCUCCCAUACUUGCAGGCACAGGGAGCUGUGAUGAUUUUCUUGGGAACAAUCAGGAGUUCUCGCCCCUCGCUCCUCGCCUGUGAUGAUGAUGGACUUACUCAGCCAGCACUUGCCUGUGGAGGUCAGCUGAAGACGACGCCACGCAGCUAAGUCUGGAUUAGCCGGCCGAACGAGUUUCAAUGCUCCUCCACGUUCUAAGAUGAAGUUAUGGAAAAGUGCUACUUUUGCCUUCAUGCUCUGUGGCGCAGCCCUGUCCAUCCUCCUCGUUAGAAACAUGGCCACUGUUGGACAUUUCAAACCUAAGACAAAAUAUCCGUACGAAACCUCAUCAAGACAGUCAUCAUCAUCAGAAUCAACAUCCAAAACCUCAACACCAUCACCCUCAUCAUCAGCAGCAGCAGCAGCAGCAGAAUCGACAGUGUUGUCCCGGCAGAUGGGUGGUCCUCAUCGGAGACCCCGCUCAGCAGACGACAUGAACUCUCUCCUCUCAGAGUUUUCCGUGAUGUUUCAGAGCUUCACAGAGGGCGAGCUUCAGCAUGUGGUCGGGACCUUGCUUGACAGGAAGAGAAGGAAGAGUCGGCGCCUUGGUGAGAACCAGGCCCGAAGGACUAAAAGAGCCCGGAGGCCUAAGCCCUGCUCUGUGAGGGAGCUGGAGCUCACCGUGAGUGAACUGGGUCUCGGCUAUGAGAGCGACGAGACGGUGCUGCUGCGCUACUGCAGCGGCAAAUGCACGGCCCACCGGCACAACUAUGACAUCACCAUGGAGCACAUGAUGCAGACAGGCUUCAGGAAGAAGGGCCGCAAGGACAAGGUCAGCAAAGGGCCCUGCUGCCGGCCCAUCGCUUUUGAAAAGGACUUUUCCUUCCUGGACAACAAGAGCCGCUAUCACACAAUACAAAAUGUGUCGGCGAAGAACUGUGGGUGUGUAUGACCCACAGAAAUGGACCGCUCCAUGCUGCUCUCAGCCACAGUUUGAAGAGCUGAACAUGAAUGCUGUUCAAAGACAAAAUGUGGAAUAUAAACUCAAGGAAAAGAGGAAAGGACGGGGAUAUGAUUGUGGCUGCUACACUGCGGCCUUUU